AUGGGCAUUGCGGGAAAAACAAAAACCAGAGUGGACUCUCUCUCUCUGAGCUGGCAAGAUGGUGGCGAGACGACCAAAGUACCUCUCCAUCACACAAGACCAAGGAGACGCUGGAGGAGCCCUUACCCUCAUUCGGCAUCUGGCUCCGUUUGGUUGUGCCAUCAGCCCAUCGAGAGAAAAUGGCAGCUGAGGAGAAGAGCCCUGAUUCAUGGCUGGGGGGGGCACCUCAAAAGUCCCCCCUAUACCCUCCACUCAAGCCUGGAGCCGGCGGAGCCUCCUGCCCUGUCCCACCGCAAGCUGGCGAUCGUGGUGGCGGGGGCCAUCGCAGUGCUCGUCGUCAGCAUUGUGGGGGUCCUCCUGGCCACUUACCUCGGGCGUGCAGCCUGCGUGCAGAGAGACGCCUUCAGCUACCUGCCUCCGCAGGUGAAUGUGCAGAAUGAGGCAUCGCUCUUGCUCGCGCUCAGCGAGCUCGGGGAGCAGGGCACGGCCCCAGGGAUCACCUGCGACCUGAGAAACCACCUGAUGGUGUAUCAUGGCCAGCCGGAAGGCUGCGUGGCCCGUAGAAUGGAGGCGUCGGAGCCGCUGCCCUCCUGCCAGGAACUGGAGAGCUACUUCCAGGCUGUCUUGAAAAACGCCACGCUGGGGAUCACCGAGGAGGUGCAGCUCGUGGGGACGGGGCCCCUGGGCGGCCUGGCCACCCUGCUGUGCAGCAACAGGCCCACCUACCUGGUCAGCAGUUCCACAGCUUCUCCAAGGAACAUCAUGACCAGGCGUUCUUAGCUGACCACCAUGACCACUUCCCCACAGAUCUGGCCAUGUGAGAAAAAUUGCGGCUCUUGCGCUAGACGGUGGUGGGUCGGCCGACUCGGCCUGUCGCUGCGGACAGCGCGCCCGCCGUUGGAAGGGGCCCGGCGGGCGCGUAUCUGCAACAGCUCACGUGUGCGCAGCCUUGUCCUCUCCCUUGCUUGGCCCCCGUAAUGAGCAAACCAGUAGCAAUAAAAAGUAAACAAAAACGAG